GGCGCUGCCCGGCGGGUCAGGGCGGGGAAGUUGCCGCCCGAAGAUGGCGGCCGCGGCGGGGCCACACGCCGGGGCUGCGGCGGAGGCGCGGUUCAUCAGCAGCGCCAAGGGAAAGGGCUUGUUCGCCACCAGAAACAUCCGCAAAGGGGAAACAGUCUUCGUGGAGAGGCCGGUGGUGUCAUCCCAGUUCCUCUGGAAUGCCCUGUACAACUACCGAGCCUGUGAUCACUGCCUGCGGGCUCUGGAGACGGCCGAGGAGAACGCCCAGCGCCUGCUGGGGAAGAGCUCCCUGGUGCUGCCUCACCCAGAGCAGUGCAGCAUCAGGAAGGACCUGCACCAGCAGUGUCCCCGCUGCCAGGUGACGUACUGCAGUGCAGAGUGCAGGCAGGCAGCUCUGGAGCAGUACCACCAGGUCCUGUGCCUCGGCCCGUCCCGGGACGACCCCACACACCCCCUCAACAAGCUGCAGGAGGCAUGGAGAAACAUGCAUUACCCCCCAGAGACCUCCAGCAUCAUGCUGAUGGCCAGGAUGGUCGCCACCAUCAAACAGGCUAAAGACAAGGAGUGGUGGAUCAAGGCCUUCUCCCAGUUCUGCAACAAGACAGCAAAUGAAGAAGAGGAGAUUGUGCACAAGCUGCUGGGGGACAAAUUUAAGGGCCAGCUGGAGCUGCUGCGCCUGCUCUUCACCGAGGCUCUUUAUGAUGAAUAUCUCAGCAGGUGGUUCACUCCAGAAGGCUUUCGAUCCCUCUUUGCCCUCGUUGGGACCAAUGGCCAAGGCAUAGGAACCAGCUCCCUGAGCCAGUGGGUGCACGCGUGCGAUGCUCUGGACCUGCCCAUGCUGCAGCGGGAGGAGCUGGACGCCUUCAUCGACCAGCUCUACAAGGACAUUGAGAAGGAGUCGGGAGAGUUCCUCAACUGCGAGGGAUCAGGGCUCUACGUGCUGCAGAGCUGCUGUAAUCACAGCUGCAUCCCCAAUGCUGAGACAUCCUUCCCAGAAAACAACUUCCUCCUGCAUCUCACUGCUCUGGAGGACAUCGAAGCAGGAGAGGAAAUCUGCAUCAGUUACUUAGACUGCUGUCAGAGGGAGCGGAGCAGACACAGCCGCAACAAGAUACUCAGGGAGAACUACUUGUUCACCUGCUCGUGUCCCAAGUGCCUCGCGCAAGCUGACGACGCUGACGUGACGUCGGACGAAGAGGAGGAGGGCGAAGGAGAGACAGACGAUGCCGAGCUGGAGGAUGAGAUGACUGAUGUGUGAUCCUGGCCCCGGGCCAGAGGAGAGGGAAGGGAUGGGACGGGAAGGGAAGGGCCUGGAGGCUCCUCCAAGAGGCAGCAGCUUUAAUUUAGAACAGGGUUGUGUUGUGGGGUCGGGCGGGGCCGCGUGCCGAGGUGCUGGAGCAGGGGACCCGGGAGCCGGAGGCAGGCCCUGCUCCCGCCUGUCCGUGUUGUCCCUGUGCCUGUGUGUGUGUGUGUGUCAGGCUGUCCCUGUCCUCCCUGCGAGGACAAGCUGUGAGCCAGUGUCCCUCCAGCACAUCCCAGUUCCCGGUGGGGCUGGCUGAUGCUUGCAGGGGAGGCUGGAGGAGAGUGGGAUCCAGCCAGCCCCUGGGACACCAGCUGGUCACCUGUGAGGUGGCUCUGCUGUGUCCAUGCAGGCUGUGGAUGUGGAGGAGCUUGUCCUUCCCACCCUGCAGGGACGAGGGGAAUGUGUGUGUGUGUGUGUCCCUGUGUCUGUGCACGAGGGUACUAUUUAAUGUCUAUAUUAGCACUAUCUACACACUAUGGAGCUGGGGCCCCUCUAUAUCCUCCAUCCCAUGCCUUGGCCAGCAGUGAGGGGCAGCAGGAUCUCACAGGGGAUGCCUCGGAGGGUGGCCCAGAGUCCAGCAGGGGGAGCAGAACUGACCCUGCAGACACCUCCUUCCCAGCUCGGCCCAUCCUUCCCGUGACACAGAGCCCCGGGCAAUGACUGCAGGAGCCUGUGGGGAUGGAGAAUGGCCAGGAGCUCACAUGGGCUGGGGUGUCAUCCCAAAUCCAGAAGACAUUUUGGCUUUUGUAGUGAGGGAGUUGUCCCUCCCUCCAGCCGGCUGUGGGAUGAGGAUGUGCCUGGGGAUGCAGCAUGUGCUGGGUGUUUCCCUGCACCCAAUGCUCCCACAUGGAGAUGUGCCAGUGCAGAGUGGCCCCCCGGAUGUCCCCUUGUCAUCCACCCCAUGUGCCACCCUCAAGGCCACACAGCGCUGUCCCUGUGUGCAGACCAUGUGGCUGGAGGGACAACGGUUCCAAGUGACAGGCAGCAGGUCAGGGAUGCACCCGGGGUUAUUUCCUCCCUCCAUGGAUUUUGGAGAGCUGUGUUCCUGCCGUGUCCGUGGCAGCUGGACUGUGGGACUGAGGGUGGCACACCUGUGGCACUGCCAUCAGCGCCAGCCCUGCCUCCUGCUGCUUGUCCCCAGCCGUCCCGGGCCACAUCCCCUUCAGUGUUCCUAAUAAACCGAGACUGGUGACAGCUGGGACCUGUGCUUUGUAUUGCUGGGUGCUGAGUGCACAGAGGGCUGUGAGCCAGGGGCUGGUCCUGUGGGGACACAGGGCUCAGGGAACAGACACCUGUGCAAGUGGAUUUGUGACCAGCCCACCCCUGCUGGUGGCUGUGCUGUCCCGUGAGGCUCUGACCGAGCCCUGCCCAGCUGCAGGAGGUACUUGGAGAAUUUUACUAGGAAAAAAUUUGAGGAUGAGAUUUAUCCCUUCAUCUGCUGACUGCUGGAAAUAAAAGAGAAACUUCCCUUUCUCUAAAACUUACUC